CAGCCAAGUCGCCACCACCUCAAUCAUACACAGUUCCAGGAUGGAUCCCUCCGGACGUGUAUCCCUGGUGACUGGAGCGGCUGGAGGCCUGGGGCGGGCCUUCUGCAGAGCACUGAUGGCAGCGGGAGCCAAGGUGGUCGCGUCAGACAUUGAUGAGAAGAAUGGGGAGAAGUUUGCUGCCGAACUGAGGAAGGAAUUUGGUGAGGGAAACGCCAUCUUUGUCAAGGCUGACGUUACUAGCUCCGACUCGCUGGAAGAGGCCUUCAAAGCCGCCAAGUCGACGUUCGGCCGGCUGGACAUCUUGGUGAACAACGCGGGCGUCCUGCAGGAGGACCGCUGGCAGAAGGCGGUCGACAUCAACGUGAAAGGCACGGUGCACGGCGUGCUGCUGGCUUUGAAGCACAUGGGGAAGGCAGCAGGCGGAGAUCCCGGGCUGGUGGUCAACCUGUCGUCCAUCGCGGGCCUGCACCCCACCCCUCACGUGCCCGUCUACUGCGCCACCAAGCACGCUGUGGCCGCGCUAUCUCGCUCCUACGGGGCCGCGAUGCACGUCGAGAACACAGGAGUGUCUGUGGUGGCGCUGUGCCCUGGUGCUGCCGACACGCCGCUCACGCACAACUCGGCCUUCAACUACCAGCAUCCGUAUCUCAAACCGUACAUCGACCAGGUGCUCAAGAGCAUCCCCAUCUGCAAGCCCGAGUUCAUGGCUGAGGCGCUGCUGAGGGUGAUCCGGGAGGCGAAGUCCGGCUCUGUGUGGCUGGCGUACGACGGUCUCAUCGAGGAGGUGGUCUACCCUCCAAACCUGCAGUGAGGGCGCCCGCCGCCUGCUCCGUUCUCUCAGGCCUUCCACUGUCUGUGUACAUACACACACACACACACACAUUGACUUUGCGCGGCUCAUACUGAAAGUCAUCAGCCAUUCAAUGAUUUUUUGGACAGAAUACGUACAUGAACAUAAUCGACAGAUUUUUCUGAUACCUUUUAAUGCCGUCCCAAUUUCUCUGCAUAAACUUUCCUAAUUAUUAAGUUCUAAAAUCCUUCGUGUCUGAGGUCAUUCUGGCUGCCAGAAGACAGUGUCAUACUACUUUCUGGAUGUCAGGUAUUUCGUAGCGUCUGCCUUGCAAUCAGUUGUUCAUGGGACCGAAAAGCUGGUAGACGGUAGGUGUCGACUCGGAAAGACCUAGCUUUGGAAAACAUUCACACUGUGGCACGACUAUUGCCCCACUAGUGUGUUUACGUUAAUUUGAGCUACUAACCACUUCCUGCACUACACCGUGCCCUGCAGGCAGUCACAGGUGGUCGAAGACGACCUGGUCAGAAACAGUCUGAAAAGCUUCUAAGGAUGUUGCGAGGUAGGUUGCGCAGAGAAAUAAUCGUGAAGAAAAAGAAUUGAUACGUUGUGCCGUGGUGGUUAAGGUCCGAACACUACAGAGAUGUAAAAGUGUCCGGUUGCAGCUAACGAUUGUACCAAUCCGUCGAGGUCUGAUCAUAUCGGCCACAAUGCAACCCACAAGACACUGCCUCGCUUUCCUUUUUUUAUGACGAAUCCAAACGGUGCCAUUUCCUAAUCUGGUGUUUUGUUUCAGACUGGUAAUGACAGAGCCAGCUUUCUUCGCCAGUCAUAUGACACGUCAAAAAAUUGUCUCCUUAAUCCCAAUAUCUCUGAAAAAACAAGUUCAUAUGACAGUUCACUGAGCUUUGUCGUCUUUCAUCAAUAAACAUGGGACCAUAGGGGUAAUAUAUUUUCAUUGGGCUGGGCUACGAACCACUUCCCGCACUCCCGAGCUACUGUCGCAAUUUUCCAAUUUCAUGGUCAGUGACGCAACCGUAUCCUCAACUCGUCCCUCGCUCGGUGUACCCUGCAGGCAGUCACACAGUUGGUCGAGGACGACCUGGUCAGAAAAAGACAGAAAAGCUUGUAAGGGUGUUGCAGGGUAGGUUGACCAGAGAAAUAAUUAUGAAAACAAAAUAAUUCGAUACGUUGUGCCGUUUCCGAGUUAAUUAGCGUUGAAGUUAGCCAAUCAGACCACUGCGCGCGCAGAUUCAAGCGGCCCGCCAGGUACAAUUACUGUCAGUUGUUUUCAUAGCGUAGAUGAUAGAGCUAGAGUCUGCUCGGCCUUUGGCGCGGGUUAGAUUCUCACUACCGUCUCAUGUCUAACUGUUGUAUCAUUGUCUUGUUCGAUUUUAGGAAACCAAAUGAAGAAUGCUUUUGGGGACAGUGUCUCUGGUAGGUCGCUUUAAUUUGCACACACAACAUCCUGAUUGCCUAACUUCAGUGCUAGAUAUCUUUGAUACGGCGCACUUGUAUCGAUUUGUUUUCUUAACAGUUAUUUCUCAGUACAAACUACUCUGUACACACAGACAAACAAACACACACACACACACACACACACACACACACACACACACACAGCCCCACAUCGAGGGGUCGUGUUCUGUCCCCCGCAUCACAAGUGUUCCCUCACUCGCCUCUCCUAACACUGUUGGUAUCUUCGCACAUACAUCCGCAUGCUCGAUCAACUUUCGAUUAUUAUUCGGAGACCGCACCCCUACACCAAUACUUGUAUAUGCUCAUUGACAUCUGAGGCGGAUCUCAGCUGCUCAUUUUUCCUCUUUAACAAGCAGUUCAGGUACAGCACGGUGGCUAAACGAAACACUGAUGUUGGCCUAUGUUAAUGUGAAAGAAGUUAAUGACAUACAGUGUGUGAGCGCAGUCUGAAGUCUGAAGAUUAUCACAACACAGUGGUUUUUAUUUCGUUGUAAGAAAUGUAGUUGCAGCAAACGGCUGCUUACGACUUUCAGUAUGAGCCUCCAACAGAACCGUUAUUAGUUCUUAGUUCUGUAUCUCAAUGCAGAAACCGCAGCACAAAUCCCGAUUCUAAUUUGAAAAAGUAGUGUCACUAACAUUUGUUUUGUGUUACUUGUCGACUAAACACGCAAGAGUGUAGCAAAUACUGUUUUGGUUUAUGACGCUGAGAAAACUAGUAUUAAUUUUAGUGCCAAAGGUACAUGUAGAUUUGUUUCAACAAAUAAAUAAAUAAUACAGUAUAUAGUAAU